AAAUGGUGGUCGCUAAUGAUCUCUCCUCCAAGAUUCUCCCCAGAGUUCUCAUCGUCUCUCGCCGGACUCUACGCAAGAACAAAUUCGUGGACUUCGUAGGAGAGUACCAUCUCGAUCUCAUCGUCUCGUACGGCGCCGUCCCUGUCAUCGUGCCACGUGUCGUCGGGAUCCACUCUCUGCUCCAGAGCUUCGAGCCCAUCCAUGGCGUCCUCCUCUGCGAAGGAGAAGACGUCGACCCUUCUCUCUACGCCGGCGCUGAACUCCCGGGACUCUCGCAGGAGGACAUGGAGGAGAUCAGGAGAUUGCACGCAGGAGACACGACCAUCGACCGAGAGAAAGACAGCAUCGAGCUGACUCUGGCCAGACUCUGUCUCGAUAGAAACAUUCCUUUCUUAGGCAUUUGUCGUGGCUCUCAGAUUCUCAACGUCGCCGCCGGAGGAACUCUCUAUCAAGACAUCGACAAGGAAAUCGGAACCACGACGAAACAUAUAGACUACGACAACUACGAUGAGCACAGGCACGCGGUCAGUGUCGUGGGAGAGACGCCGUUGCACAAGUGGUUCGACGAGAUGGAGAUAAUGGUGAACUCGUAUCACCAUCAAGGUGUGAAGAGAUUGGCACAGCGUUUUGUGCCCAUGGCGUACGCUCCUGAUGGUUUGGUCGAAGGGUUCUACGAUCCGAAUCGAUAUGAUCCAGAGGAAGGUCAGUUCUUGAUGGGUUUGCAGUUCCAUCCCGAGAGGAUGAGGCUCUCUGGCUCCGACGAGUUUGAUUAUCCUGGAUGCGCUUAUGCUUAUCAGGAGUUUGUGAAAGCUGUCACCGCAUUUCAAAAGAAACAAGUAAACGCAACAGAGAUGGUGAGGAAGAAGAUGACGCUCGUCAAAAGCUUCUCGGUAUCCGAGUUUCAAGAGGCGAACACGGUUCUAAGCAAGCAACAAGAGAAUAGGCUGAAGCAGAUGGGAGCGACGGUGAGGAACUCGUGUGUGUAUAUGAAAAGGAUGAAAAGGAAAGAGGAGCAAGAGAGAGCAAUGGACAAAUUGUCAGCAGAGCGUCUAUCUGACCUGCUUUCCUUCCAUCGUAUGAUGGCUCGUCUUUGCUCCGAUGCCAUCAAUAGGAAGCUGCUAGAACCUGCAGAUAGGAUCAUUGAGUCCUCCUCUUUCCUCAACUAU